GCUGAAGUGAAUAUAAUAUUAAGAGUAAUCAAAAUGAACUGGAUUAUCAACUUAUUAGUUAUUCACUCGAUACUUAGUGUAUUUGGUCAGAAGUACACCAAGGAACAUCUGCAAAAAGUACAGCAGAUAUCACAACGCUGCGCUCAGGAAAACAACUUAUCAGAUGACAUCAGACUACAAUUCAUAAAGAAUUCCCCCAAUGGAAAGAUUCCAGAAACGGAUCCGUUUUCCUGUUUCCUUAGCUGCUACUAUCGAAGCAUGGAAUAUGUGUUCUCCGAUGGUCAACCCUGGAAGGAAAAUAUAUUGAAAAAAUGGACAACCGUUUACACGAAACAGUCGGUUCAGGAAAUUCUCGAUCGAUGUGGAUCAGUCGGGGGAACGGAUUUGUGCGAACGAGCUUACAAUAUUUACUCUUGCUUCGAUGAUAUCAAAUGUGUCCUGGAUCCGAUGGAAAAAGUGAACUAAGUUAUUUUGGGUGAAAUUCAAAUUUUCAAAGAAAACAUUGGCUAGAAACACUGAUUGAAGUUGAACGCUUUAUGCUCCGGGGUAUCGCCCGUUUGAUCGUUGCACGCUUCCAGCGUCUUCCGCACAGACUCCUUAGCGUAAUGGGGCACCAGGAAGUCUUCGAUCGCCAUCAAAUUGAACUUUCCAUCCGGGCCCAUAAAUCCGAACCGCAUCAUCGCACAGUGAAUGUAUUUCUGGAAAGCGGAAAACCAGGGUUGAGUGUCGAAAUUUCAGGAAAUAAUCAUCAAGAUAAUGAUAGUAUAGAUUUAUUUAUUCAAUAGUUGUUCCCAAAAUAGAUACUUACCGAUGAUAUCUCGUCUCGUUCUUUCAGCCCUCCGUACUGAGCUUUCUGGGGGAUUAACGAGUCGCUUUCGAGACCCAAUUCCUCCAGACACAUGUUGGUAAUUUUAUCCAUCGCCAUCCUUUGUUGAUCGCUAUAUUCGGCCUGAGAAAAAAAAAUUACUCUUUUAAAUCUAUGAAAUCGUGAUUUUUUUAACCAACAACCUACCAAACUGAACGAUAUCAGAAAUAAAGAGGCAAAAAUUGCAGAUGCCCAAUACAU